AUGUUGCCCAUGGUACUUCGAGACGUCAUUUCGCGCUUCCUGGAUGGAUCGCCCGAGCACGAGGCGGAUGCAUUGCUGCGCCGUGGCAAUAGCAACCGGUUUACGUUUGUGCCGUUCAGCCUCGGGCCCAAAAACUGCAUCGGAAAACGCUUUGCAAUCGCCGAGAUGCAAACGGUGCUGCUCCACUUGCUCCCAAGCUAUGCACUGACGCGUACACCGGCAUCGAACCUCGUGCCCAAGCUCACAGGCGUCACGAUCAAGCCGACGGCCUUGCCGUUGCGACUGGUCCGCCGCGCCAAUGCAUAA